UUAGGUACAUAGCAUUAAUGUUUAUUCGUUCUAGAUGACGGCACCAGCUUUUACAGGGCUUGGUGGCUUGUCUUCAGCUUCCAAUUUUUUUCCUUCUCUAAUCCCCAUCCCCCCAGUGCCAUUUUUUUUUUUUUUUGCGCCAGGGCUCUCGUCGCAUUCGCACUUCACUAGAGCUAAAACUGCGACUCCCACCUCACUAACAGACCCGGGACAGGUCCUUGCUUUUCCCUCUUCCUUUUCCCUCCACUCUCGCUCCAUGUCGAAUCCCGAACUCGUCUCACGACGAUACACUGAGCUCUUCCUUCCCGACAGCACUGCAGAGUGCCUGGGAUUUCCACCAUGAACGGCACGCGACGCGAUGCCCCGCCGCAUCAUCACCACAAGAAUGGCGAUGUCCCCGACGCGGGGCUGAGGAGCCUUGAUCACUGUAGGUCUCUUCAA